AUGCUCCCUCGCCAACUAAUAAUCCAUUGUUUGGCACGACCAUGCCGAAACCCGAUGGCUUUUCUCCUCUUGGUGCACAUGUGCCCUUCCAGCCUGCUCCGGCACCUGUCCCGAUUCCUCUUCCUAGUUUUUUGUCUAAUCCACCCACUUGAAGUCAUCCUGCGGUUUCUGAAAGUGUCAGUGGCUUAUCCUCUGGCUCGACAAGAAAUAGAUCUCCGGAUUGGAGCUUUUUUCACAGGGUUUCAGACUAAGCUUUUGAGAGAUGCAUUUGUCCUUGAUUUUGCUACAGAUAACCAAAAUAUUUUUUUAAGUGAUGGUCAUUGCCAGUUCCCGACACUGGGUUCAUCGUGGAGAGGUUCUAGGAAAUCCAAGCACAUGAACUGGAGGAGUUCUGGACUAUACACUGUACUCAUAAUUCUAAACAAGGCGCUGCUGGAUUUCAUUGGGAGAGGGCAUUUGUUUGAUUACACACGUGCAGUGAUUAUAUAUGAAAUGUGUCCCCAGGAACCCACUGCAACUCAGGAGAGGCUUCACCAUCCCACCAUCCUCUGA